AGUCAAUCAAAAGAACCGUGAAAUAAAAAUGGCGGCACAUUGUGUUCUAUGUUCGAACAAGGGACGUUUCAAUCGAAAAGCGGCUCCUGCAGGAAGUAAUUGUAUAUAACAAUAUGCCAUAAACCUUAUGAUGCUUCUAGAUUAAAAAAAAUAAUUUCUAAGUGAUCUUAUUGUUGAAGAAGUUUAUUGUUAACUUGCAUAGACCACAUAUAGUGUGUGACUUUAUUUUUCAUCGCGCAAGCAGUGCCAUAACUUAGUUUUAUUGCGAAAUGGCGGUCGUGGUGUACUACAUGAAUACUAUAUGCAAGAAGGACCCAAUCAAGACAGAGAUACAACACAUGGAUUUAGUGGACUAAAACGCAAUGGCGAGUUUAUCAGCUGUCUUCAUUGAGGCGAAAAGGACGAACUGGCUGAAGGCGUGGCUGGCAGUUGACAUUGCAAAGUCUGGUUUAGAGCAAUUCGUGGACAUUGAGGCUAAAACUUUACACACCAAUAUAUACAACACUAUCUGGUCUAGAAGUUCGGCGCCAGCCGCGUGUAAAGGUUGUCACACUGCAAAUUUGCUUAAAUGCCCGACACAAGGCGUAUGCAAAAAACGAGGUGCACAUGGCAACUGCACAGCUAUGCAUGAUAAUGCGGCAAAACAACCACGACCAUGUCCAAUAAAUGUGUGUAAUAAAGUCCAUGACGAGAUUGUUAAUCAACAUAUAUUUAGUAAUCCGUCAUGGAAGAAUACAUCGGCUCAACAAUGGGCAAAACAUCCAUGGGAAAUUGCCAAGUGUUAUUUCCCUCCAGACGGAUAUGUUGGUAAAACUUCAGUUCAAGAUACCGACUUCAACGGGCUCAUCAGCUUUAUGAUGAACUGCAAACACUUUAACAACAUGUUUUCAUUCGCCAUAGCUGUAGGAAAACAAAAUCCCCCUUGUCUACUAAAAAAGGCUCGUGAAUUGCGGAAUGAAAUCUGUCACCCGCCUUCAUUGGAAAUCUCAGACCAGAAGCUCCAGGAAUAUUUUACGACGCUGAUCAAACUGCUGAGUGAUUCAAAGUGCCUUGCGCAAGAUAAGGAGGCCAACACUGCGGUUUUAAAAUUAGAUGAGUUGCAGAAUGAGAGAAUGUCUUUAAACGACCUGAUCGAGCUGUUGAAGAAGAGCCACAAAACUUUAAAAGAUGUGAACGAGCCUGGAGAGCUAAGAUAUAAAGAGAUCGAUGAGAUCCUAGCAAAAGCUCUAAAGAUAUUAGAGGAUAGGAUGCAGGAUUUAGAAAAACGCCAAGAAAACACUGAAACUGAGGUUACAGAUUUAAAAGAACGCACUGAAAACACUGAAACUGAGGUAAAAGAUUUAAAAGAACAAGUGCAAAUUUUAAAGGAUUUAAAAGAACCCUCUAAAAGCAACAUACAGGCAGGGAAACAAAUUGAGCAAGAAGAAUAUGAACGAGGCGUAGCAGAAAUGCUCAAAAUUUUGAAGACACAUUACAAAAGAAAACUGAGUAACUUGACCUUCUCACCAUUGAAUGAUAGUGUUGCAGCCCCUUUAGAUGAUUUCUACAUGCAACCAAAUAUUCAGCUCAUGAAAAAAGACAAGGGGUGCUUUAUCAAAACUGGUACACAAAUUCUGUUAUACAAAAACCUGUUUUCUAAGGACAGCAAAUUAAACCAACAGACAGUUUUUAUACAAGGCGAAGCUGGGUCAGGUAAAUCCACUUUUCUGGCCAGAUUAGUUAUGGACUGGUGUGAUUCACCUAAGAGAAGCGAUAAUUUCUUUCAAGAUUUAAAAACUCUGAAAGAUUACAAGUUCAUAUUUCUUGUCACAUUAAGGAAUUCAGUUCAGGAGUUUAAUAUUGAAGAGAUUAUUAAACAACAGGUAAUUGACUCCCUUUAUGGCAAAGAGGAUUGUGAGAAAGCGAACAAACUACUGAAUGAAAUCAUGAAACAGGAACAUUGCUUAAUACUAUUGGAUGGUCUAGAUGAGUGGACCGGACCUGGAAAUGAUCACAACCUACCGGAAUUAAAAGCAUUACAUUACACUGAAAGCCGCUGCGACCUGUUAAUUACUACUCGACCUUGGAAAUUGGCUGAUGGAAAGAUUAAGGAUUCCGAGAUUGACAUAUUAUUGCAACUAGAAGGAAUAAAAUAUCCGUUUGAGCUCAGCAAAUGCAUCCUUCGUAGAAAGUACCAAGAUGAAAAUGUUCUGGAAGCAAAAAACUCUGCCUUUACAGAGUACAUACGGAAACAGAAGCUGGAAGAGUUACUGCAAUCGCCAAUGAUGCUGUCUGUCAUCGUAUGUUGGCAUGAUGAAGGAGAGCGCAAACUAAUUUCAAAGUGUGAAAUUUACAGUUCUUUGAUUGACAGUCUUCUAAAGAAAGUGAGCAAUGAAGAGGGAUACUUUGAAGAUCAGCGGUUUAACUGUUUCGCUGAGACACAAUACAUACAACCAAAUAUUCACCACGUGAAUCAAAUAGCUGAAGCAGCAUUCCGUUUGUUGUUUUCAGAUAUACAGGAAAAAUCACUAGUAUUUGGUGCCAAAGAUCUCAAACUUGAGGAUGCGCAGAGAAAGUUUGCCUUGAAAGCCGGUAUUUUAACAAAAGCGAAGACAUCAAGUCUAGCAAGAUCAUCAUCAACGUUUUCAUUUGUCCACAAAAGCAUUCAAGAAUUCCUUGCUGCAUACUAUAUCGCAUGUAAUGAGAAAGUCAUCAAUGAAAUCAUUGCUGGAUAUUUUGAACAAUAUGACAAAUCUUACCUUGCCAUGACCCAACUCUUUAUAUUUCUGUGUGGAGUGAGCAUCUCUGCAGGGAAUGCACUCUCUGACUUGAUGAAUGAAUCUAACGUGAAAUAUAACUCCUUCCAAGGAGACACCCUGUAUCAGAAUUGCGUCUUUGCUGGAUAUAGAGAGGCGGUUGCCAAUAGUACCGGUAGUAUUAACCUUAGACUCACACGUUUCAUCAUCAACGACAUCAGUCUAGAUUUAAAAAACCUCUGGAAUAUGAAUGUGUCAAAUGUCAUGUCACUAACAAUACGGUUACCAUCUGUACCAGGAUAUAAGAUUGACCUGUCAUUGUGCCACAAGCUGAAGUCAUUACAACUCGAGGGCCCAGGUAUAGAGUUGAAAGAGGGUGAUGAGAAUGUGCUUGAUGACAUAUUGACUGGCAACCAGGAUGCUGAAUUACUUAAUGCUGAAGAUUCAAUGGACAUUUCACCGUCCAAAGUUGUAAAACAUUCUGCCAGUGUGACCUCAUUGGAAUUUCCAGUCUGGAUUGUUCAAAUCAGUACCGAUCCAAGCCAGUGCACAGCACUGCCCUCUAUAGAAUAUAUUAGAUUAGAGGGUGUCAAAUGUUCCUAUACGUUGCUAUGCAGUCUACUCAGCAGUCUGCUGACACUUGAUCAUCAGGUGCAGUUUGAGCUGAUUUACUGUGAAAUAACGUCCUGCGUAAAGGGCGCAGUCAGCACAUUAUUUAAUACUGGCGAUUUAAAAAUAACAACAGAAAAUAAAAAAAUAGCAGUGUCCUUACUUGAUGACAAAUUGUGGAAUGCCCUCAAUGGUCUGAAUAUCAAUAGUCUGAGUCUGGAUGAUCGUUGUAAAGCUUUUCGAGAAAAUCAUAAAGAGUCGUUGUCUCAGACGCUUGUAUUGCUCUCACAUCUGGACAAACUUAGUAUUGUAGUGGAUUAUGACACACCUGAUCAGUGGAAGACUCUUCACGGUUUGAAUAUUAAGAGUCUGAAUCUACAUAUCAGAGGAGCGAAUCAUGCAGAGUCGUUGUCUCAGUCGCUAGCCUCGCUUAAACAGCUAGAAAUGCUUAGUAUUGAUGUGGACGAAUGCAAUCGUGCUCUGUGGGAGGCUCUUCAUGGUUUAGGUAUCAAGAGUCUGAGUCUGAGUGGCCUCUGGAGUGGUUUUGACCAUGGUUUGACAGUGAAGAAUGCGAAGUCUCUGAAGCAGUCGAUAUUAUCGCUCAAACAGCUGGAAACACUUAAUGUUGAUGUGUAUGAUGACACUCCUGGUUUGUGGGAGGCUCUCCAGGGUCUGAGUAUCAAGAGUCUGAGUCUGAGUGGCCAAAUUAUUGAAUUUAAGAAUGCGACGUCUCUGAAGAAGUCGAUAUCAUCGCUUAAACAGCUGGAAACACUUGAUGUUAGUGUGAUAGAAGCAUAUUCGAACACUGUUCUGUGGGAGGCUAUCCAGGGUCUUAGUAUAAAGAGUCUGAGGCUGAGUUGCUUCAGAUUAAAUUUUGAAGAGAAGUAUGCGACGUCUCUGAAACAGUUGAUAGUAUCGCUCAAAGAGCUGAAUACACUAACUGUUGAUGUGAAUGCACACAAUCCUAAUAUGCGGGUGGUUUUCCAGAGUCUGAAUAUCAAGAGUCUGAGUUUGAAUCUGAGUAAGAAUGAAGGAUUUGGACUGAAGUAUGCGACGUCUCUGAAGCAGUUGAUAUUAUCGCUCAAAGAGCUGGAAACACUAAGUAUUAGUGUGGAUAACGACAGUCCUGGUCUGCGGGAGGCUCUCCAGGGUCUGAGUAUCAAAAGUCUGAGACUUCGAGGUAUUGAUGGAGGUUUUGAAAGGAAGUAUGAGGAGUCUUUGGAACAGUGGCUGUCAUCGCUCACAAAGCUAGACCCACUUAAUAUUAGGAGUAUGAGUAUGAGUUUGGGUAGCAAGUAAAGAGAUUGUAAUCUAAAGUAUGCGAGUCUAUUAAGAAUUCGCUAUUACCGCUCACACAGCUGGACACACUUAGUAUUAUCGCCAAAACAGACAGCCCUGGCCUGUGUGAGGUUCUGAAUGGUCUGCACAUCAAGAGACUGAGUCUGAGUGGCGAAAAGAGAGGUUUGAGAGUGGAUCAUGAAGAGUCGUUGUCUCAGUGGCUAUUAUCACUUUCACAGCUUGAGACGCUUACACUACAUUUGAAUACAUACAUUGCGCUGCAGGUACCGCGAUCAUUGAAGUAUUUGAAUAUCUACUCUAAAAAAUUGCUUCCCUCGGAAUUACGGGACCUUGUGGGCAGACUGGCAGCAUGUCCGCAUGCAAUUGAUAUUGAGCUAGAAAUCGGUUGUGCUUCAAGUAUUGAUCCCCCAGAACAAAUCCUACUCCAGGAAUACAUUCUAGUUCAACAGGAACUGGUUUCUCGGCCGAAUGUUGUAGUUAAAAAAUUCAGAACAUAUGAAUCUGAAUCUAAUUCUACCAUGCCGGUACAUUACCCUGCUCACUGUGACUUAAGCAUUAAAGAUUAUGCAUAUGACAUAUUCGCUAAAUUAAUGGAAAGAUUCAAAUAUAGUCGAAUUUCAAUUGGACUUCAGAUAAAUCCAGACUCAUUCUUAUAAAUAAGUGUGUGUUGUUGUUUGACAUUUAAUUAAUAUGAAACUAGUGUUAUUGAAUCGUUAUAGUGUUUGUAAUACUUUGUAAAAAUCGAAACUUAUUUUACAUUAUGCGUUCACUGAUGUUGUGUUCAUUCUAUUCAUGCACUUUAGCUAUAACAUUAUGCAAAGUGUGUUGUUGCAUUUCCGACAAGUGUUAUUUGGCAAGCAAAUAUAGUGGAAACAACAAUGUUUCUAUUUUAUAACGAUCUGAACUUAUUUGUAUCAAGUCAAAUGGCACGUAUACGAUUCUGUUCCACACAUCUUUAAAAGAGAUUCAUUCGCCGGAGUUUUUCUGUAACAAUAAUGGCCUCUUAAAAUGAACAAAAUGACGGAAAUUUCUCUCCUAAAUAGUAAACUAUUUGAUAUGUAUUUAUUAAAAUCAAGAUACAUAGGCAGCGAUGCUUCGUGUCUUACUACUAAACGCAAUAAAACGGCAUUAUCACAUUACGUAUAUAUUUUGUGUAAAUGUUAUGUUAUAUGUUUUAAUUUAAAGCUUGUCUUUGUUUUCAUGCAAUAAAUAAUUUCAAACACGGUGUUACAAUUUAAGUAGUACGCGUUGAAGCAUGAGUAUUUAACUGUACACUUUUCAUUCCGUUGACUUUACCUAUAAAGAGUGCAUUGCAUCAUCGUUUCGAUUGUCUUCCUUUCUACAGACUUCAAUACACUCGGAUUAUUGAAAUACAUAUAAAGUAUUUUUAUUUGCGUUUUUUGCACAGUGCGUGUCAAAUCCAAAACUUUGAAGAGUCUGGCUGUUUUUGCCUGUUUUGCCAUGUCUGUAUGUGACAUUGUUGGCGUUGAUGACACUGCCCACGAUGACCUUAGAGUUAAAGCUGAUGUUUGUUAAAGAUUCUUUGAUUGUAUGAAUGAAAAUUAAUCGACUUUGUAUACGUCCAGACUCAAUGUCAUAAAUGCGUUUACAUGUGUUUGUUGUUGUUAGGCAUUGUAUUAGUAUAAAUCAAUUGUUUUUAAUGUCCUGAAGUGCAUGUGGCACUUUGUAAUCAUCGAAAAUUUGUUGACACUGCUUGUCAAAAUUAUAUGUUGUUUUUUGUUUCAUGCAUGCAAUUAAGCUAAAGCAUUAUGCUUUCAUACUGUGUUGUUGAAUAUACCACUUGUGUUUUUUGACAAAACAAUAGAGAAGAAAAAUAAUAUUUCGAUUUUAAAAUGAUCUCGGUCUAAUUUGUGGUGACAUUCAAUGACAAAUUCAUAUUUUAAAUAUACAUCCAUCUUUAAAAGAUACACAUUCGCACGAGCUUUGCUGUUCAAUUGAUGGAAUGUUUUAAUAAACAAAAUCACGUCAAUUAAGCUCCGAAAUUAUAAAUAACUUCAGAUUCAUGAGUUCAAAUACACGAAAAAAGAUUAGGCGAUGUUUCUUUUUGCUACACAGCAAGUAUCACACUACUAAAUGCAAUAAGACUUUUAAUUACAUUGAGAUAACGUUUUGUGUACAUGGCAUUAAUGUGUACAUAGCUUAAUUCAAUGCUAUCUUUUGUGCUGAGGAAUUAUAUAAUUUAAGAGUUUGAUUCAGUUUUUCACAUGCGCGUAAAAGUAUGCGCAAUUAACUGUACAUUUAUUCCGCAAUAUACUCAAAGCAGUAGACUUCAUCUAUUACUAUUGCAUGAUUUUUCAGUUAUGAUUUCCGUUUUUUUCUUUAUAAUUAACACAACUUGAUUAGUUAAUAUUUUAGAUAUAAAUGUGUGUAUAUUUGUUUGUGUGCAAAGGGCGUGUCGUUUUGAUCGUCUGAAAUAACUAUGCUCUCAAUAAAUGGUCAAUAAAAUUUACGUUUCAAUGAAAAUAACAAAAUGAAAGUAUUUAUUUGUAAAAUGUAUAUAGAUUCAACAGUUUAGAUGCAUUUUCUCACAUAUGUUCAUUUGACAUAUAAUUAUUAUGCCCCCCUUCGAAGAAGAGGGGGUAUAUUGUUUUGCUCAUGUUGGUCGGUCCGUCGGUCGGUCCGUCCACCAGUUUCCCGAUGAUAACUCAAGAAUGCUUUGGCAUAGGAUCAAGAAACUUCAUAGGUAGAUUGACCGUGUCUGGCAGAUGACCCUUAUUGAUUUUCAUGUCACUAGGUCAAAGGUCAAGGUCACAGUGACUCAAAAUAAUAAAAUGGUUUCCGGAUGAUAUCUCAAGAACACUUUAGGCCUAGGAUCAUGAAACUUCAAAGGUACAUUGACCAUGACUUGCAGAUGACUCCUAUUGAAUUUGAGGUCACUAGGUCAAAGGUCAAGGUCACGGUGGCCCAAAAUAGUAAAAUGGUUUCCGGAUGAUAACUCAAGAACGCUUACGCCUAGGAUCAUGAAACUUCAUAGAUACGUUGAUCAUGACUCACAGAUGACCCCUAUUGAUUUUGAGGUCACUAGUUCAAAGGUCAAGGUCACGGUGAACCGAAAUAGUAAAAUGGUUUACGGCUGAUAACUCAAGAACGCUUACGCCUAGGAUCAUGAAACUUCAUAGGUACAUUGAUCAAGACUCGCAGAUAACCGCUAUUGAUUUUCAGGUCAAAGGUCAAGGUCACUGUGACCUGAAACAUUAAAAUCGUUUCCGGAUGAUAAUUCAAGAAUGCUUACACCUAGGAUCACGAAACUUCAUAGGUACAUUGAUCAGGACUCGCAGAUGACCCUAUUGAUCUUCAAGUCAAAGGUCAAGGUCACGGUGACCCGAAACAGUAAAAUGGUUUCCGGAUGAUAAUUCAAGAACGCUUAUGCCUAGGAUCAUGAAACUUCAUAGGUACAUUAAUCAUAAUUCACAGAUGAUCCCUAUUGAUUUUCAAGUCACUAGGUCAAAGAUAAAAGUCACGGUGACUCAACUUAGAAAAAUGGUUUCCGGAUGAUAACUCAACAACGCUUACGCCAAGGAUCAUGAAACUUCAUAGGUACAUUGAUCAUGACUCGCAGAUGACCCCUAUUGAUUUUCAGGUCACUAGGUCAAAGGUCACAGUGACAUAAAACGUAUUCACACCAUGGCUGCCACUACAACUGACAGCCCAUAUUGGGGGCAUGCAUGUUUGACAAACAGCCCUUGUUUCGAAUUAAUUACGAGUAAUCGGUUGUUUCGGAUUGUUUAUUAAUUGUGUGAGCUUUUUGUUGCUUAUAUUGUAUAAUACUAAAGAUUAUUAAACACCAUUCAAUAGUUAAA